CGAGCCCAUCUGUCGUGUCGUUUUGCACGGCACUGGAGCCUUGACUACAGCGGCCCACGGCGAUUUCUCACGCUUCACCAGUGGACGUACACGUCUUGCUAGCGUUGCAUUUCUACGUCAACGGCAGCUUCCAGUCCACGGACGUCUUUUGCCUGUGGCUGCAGAGCACAUUCCAUUCCCGAUGACGCUGACGGCUGCUAAUAUCGUUGUGCCAUCGAUUGCAGAUUUUCGUAAGGUCGUGGGAUACAUCGAUUGCAAGCACUGGCAAAUCAAGCCACCUUAUGACUUGGAGCACCUGUACAGAAAUAGGAAGGACUUGUGCUCCCUAAAUCUACAAGUCUUUUGCAACGGUGGGGGUGUCAUCAUCCAGCCGACCUCAAAGGGGCCUGGAAGCACGCAUGGCAGCCUCAUCUGGAUGGACUGUGCUCUGCCUGGGAGCUUCAAGGGUAGAAAACUGCAUAAUGGCUGGUUGCUAGGUGACUCUCGCUAUGCCUGAGAGCCAUGGGUGCUCACCCUCCUGUCCGUGGCUGGCCCAGCUGAGCAGCAGUGCAGUGCAGCCCCCACCCAUGCAAGACAAGUCAUACAGUGCACCUUUGGUGUUCUGAGCAGGACCCAGCGUAUCCGUCCGGC